AAUUUCCUAUGAAAAGAACUAAGCCGGUUCCUUUGGAUGUAUCAUCCAAUGAUAAUGAUAAACCUUCUGCAUCCAACGGAACCAAAGAUCUUGCUGGUCGCAAGCGGCCAAAAACUGACAAUGCAGUUAUUGUUCCUGACGAAAAAAUUGUAACAACUGAAGAAUUGAUGUUGAGAAGUGCAAAAAUGUACCAAGAAUACAUGAAGCAAAUCCCGAUUCCAGCUCAAAAUGGGUCAGUUAUAACAUUCACCUCAUGGGGCGGUUUAGCCAAAUCAAUGAAACAGUUGUACCAGCAGCCACUGCAUUACCUGACUAACGUUCGUGUAAAAGAAUGGGAUCAGAUAAGAUGGGAUGCUGACGUCAAAGCAGAACCAUUAGACUCCAUAAUCCAUCCAUGUAAAGCAGAAACUAACAUCUGGCUCAUGGAAGAAGUUCACAGGCUCACAUCCUCUUAUCAAUUUCUUGCUAAACUAUGGUUAGCCGAUCCCAUGUACAAUGCUUUUAUUGAUUCGGUUUUCCCCCACUUAUGAUGGCUAUUGAUGUAAUCUCCCUUAACUAACUUAACAAAAUCGUUUCGCUAG